AGAUUGUGCUGUAAAUUGAUUGUUCUUAAGUGCGAGUUGCCUGGGAGUAUAAACUAAUUAAAUGGUAAUACGAAAAUAUGUAUAAUACUAUUGGUUUGUACAUGCAUUCGAAGUUUGUUAAUUUAGCAUUUAUUUAUGCGUCAACACAAACUAAACAAUAAUUGCAGAGUAAGGCAAAAUAGGAGUGGUGCGAUUUUGCCUGCCUGUACUUGAUGUGGGGUCGUAGUGAAUAUAGCAACAUCAACAGACCCAAUAAAUUAAAUUAAAGUUGCAGGAAACUAUUUCCAAAUUUCUGUAGCAAAAUGUAUUAAACGCUCUUAGUUAUGGGGCCGGUGUUGCUUUCAACGACAAACGUGCUAUAAAAUAUAUGUAUGUACGCUCGCUCAUGGUCAAGUAAAACAAAAAUGCUGUUUGAAUGAUAUUCCGAGAAAGUGCUAAUACAAUCAAAGAAAUUUGAAUGCAAUCUUUAGUAAUAGAUCACAAACAGAAGCAGUCAGACUGCACAAUUAAAACAACAGAUUCACUAAUAAUAAAGAUUGGACCAGCGACAAUACCCAGCUAACAAACUCGCAGCUCAACAAUAAUUCCAUUGACGAAAUGGUUGGCACACAACAACAAAGUUCAAUAAGGAGCGGAGCGGACUUGAAGCGAUCAACCCUACAAUGAACAUGCAGAGCAUAGAUAAAGCAACUUCACCGCCUGCGCUGCUCGCAUUAAACCAAACACAAACUGACAGUGACAAAGGAAUAGCCAUGGGAUUGGGUUUGGAAUUGGAAAAUGGUAAUGCAAAUAAUUUGGCUACCAUUCCGUAUUUUGGCAGUAGUUAUGGCACGACUAUAAUGCUUCAUGAUCAUAAACUGAUCGCGAAACCAACGAUAAAAGCAACGCCUGCAAUAGAUGAUAUACCCAGCAAUAAUUUUUCUGCAGAUAUUCAAGAUGGAUGCGCUGGGGCUGAAGGCAGCUUACAUUUGAAAGUAUCAACGGGCUCACCCUUAAUAAAGUUGGAACCAUCAAGCUUACCGCUAAAAGAGACUGGAAUGGAAUGUUCACUAUCGAAGUCAUUAGUAGCCACUAAAAUCGAGCAAUACUCAUUUCAUGAACAAAUAAUUAUGUCUGGUCAACAAAAAAGUGCUUUACAAGAUAAACCAAAAGCUUUGGUUGUAUCUCCACAACAAGUGAUGAUUCUCUACAUGCAUAAAUUAACGCCAUACGAACGCAGUGAAAUUUUGGCCUAUCCGCAAAUAUAUUUCAUAGGCGCCAAUGCAAAGAAACGUCCCGGGAUUUACGGUCCAAAUAAUUCGGAUUAUGAUAAUGAACAGGGCGCCUAUAUUCAUAUACCACACGAUCACGUUGCCUAUCGUUAUGAAAUGCUAAAAAUUAUUGGAAAGGGAAGCUUUGGACAAGUAAUUAAAGCCUACGAUCAUAAGACGCAUGAGCAUGUCGCGCUGAAAAUUGUGCGCAAUGAGAAACGUUUCCAUCGCCAGGCUCAGGAGGAAAUACGAAUCUUACAUCACUUGAGGCGACAUGACAAAUACAAUACAAUGAAUAUUAUCCACAUGUUUGACUAUUUCACUUUUCGCAAUCAUACGUGUAUUACUUUCGAACUAUUAAGCAUAAAUUUAUAUGAAUUGAUUAAAAAGAACGGUUUUAAGGGCUUUAGCUUACAAUUGGUCCGGAAAUUUGCUCAUUCGUUGCUUCAAUGUUUGGAUGCACUCUAAAAUGAAAUAAUCCAUUGUGAUAUGAAACCUGAAAAUGUGUUAUUAAAACAACAAGGUCGAUCCGGCAUAAAGGUUAUUGACUUUGGAUCUUCCUGCUUCGAAAGUCAGCGUGUUUACACAUAUAUUCAGUCGAGAUUUUAUCGUGCUCCUGAGGUUAUAUUGGGAGCCAAAUAUGGACGGGCCAUUGACAUGUGGUCUUUGGGUUGCAUACUGGCGGAACUGUUAUCGGGACACGCUUUAUUUCCGGGUGAAAAUGAAAGCGAUCAAUUGGCUUGUAUUAUUGAAGUUCUAGGGAUGCCGAGUAAAGCGAUUUUGGCCAACGCUAAACGAACAAAAACGUUCUUUAGCCCAAAAGGAUAUCCCCGAUAUUGCACUGUUCGCACAAUGGCCGACGGCAUGGUCGUUCUAAUCGGCGGACAAUCACGCCGCGGCAAACCACGUGGUCCACCCUGUUCGAAGAGCCUCUCUAAAGCAUUAGACGGCUGCAAGGAUCCUUUGUUUCUUAAUUUCAUUCGCGGUUGUCUGGAAUGGGAUACUGAUAAGCGACUGACACCAUCUGAGGCUCUAAAACAUCCGUGGUUACGUCGUCGACUACCGAGGCCACCAAGUAGUACAAGUGCCGGUUGCGGAGCAGUAGGAGGCGGAUCAAGCAGCAUUGGUGGCGGUAGCAGCGCAGGAGGUGGCAGCAUUAGUGGCGAGCAAUCGCCAGUCACAGGUAUUAACAUAAUUGGAGUAACUGAGGCGAGUGACAGAGAGCCAAGUAAUUGUAAUGAGCGAACGCAUCAUGGCGGUGUAAGCGCCAAGUUAAGCGGAUCAGUAACCUCUCCAACUAGCUUACCAACGGUUUCCGUUUUAACCAACAUUCUAAGUAAAACAACCGUGCAUUCUAAUACAUCUUCGGAAAGUGUUGUUGGUGCUCCUCCAUUAAUUGCAUUACAGAAUAAUGCAGCAGACUUUGCAGCAAGCAAGCGAGCUUUUAAUAAUCUUACUGAUACCGACAACGGCUCAAUGACAUCCAGAUACCAUUCAUCCUUAUCAUCACACGUGCCCUAUACAGCUAAUGAAUGUGAACGCCUGUCGCACAUUUCUUCAAUAAACUCCGUAUUAAAUGGGGGCGGAGUCACAAAAUCUCUAAGUCAUUUGCCGGAAUCAAUGGCAGGUUCAUUUGCCGUUUAUAGUACCUCAUCUACUACGACACCAAUUCGAAACGCUGCCACUGAGUUAUGUAUUGCUAAUAAUCUGUCUGAUACACAGGCUUUGUUAAACAUGGAUAUGAAUUCCUAUAAUGUCUAUACUGCUGUUAAGCCGGUGCAUAAACCGAGCUCAAUACAACAAUUGAACGCUCAGGCUCAGGCACAAAAUUUAAAAUCGCCGCAGAAUAUAUAGCAAAAUAUAUGCAAAUUUAUUGUAAUGUAUCUGAAGGUUUAAUCAACGAAAGGCGGUGAUUGUUGUUACUGUAUACGACGAUAGACACUCCAUUAACAACACAAGCUGCCAUAUGAGAUUCCUAGAUAUGCUAUUUAUAUGUAACUUUCAUUUACUGCAAGUCUAUCAUUGUGUAUGAUUUAAUAGAUGCCGCAAUAGUUUCGAAAAAUAAAAUAAACAAAAA